GAUUUCUCUCUUCCACUCUUAUAUCUCUUUCUCCUCCAAAUCCCUUGCAGGCAAUGGCUUCAUUAGAGCAACCUGAGCUCCGUGAUAUCCAAAUAUCACGAGUCGGGAUCAUAGGAGCCGGGAUCAGUGGCCUCGCUGCUGCCAAACAGCUCUCAGCCCACAUCCCGAUAGUCUUCGAGGCUACCAACUCGAUCGGUGGUGUUUGGAAACACUGCUCCAUCGCCUCCACGAGGCUGCAGACCCCUAGGUGUGAUUUUGAGUUCUCAGACUACCCUUGGCCUGGGAGAGAUAACACUAGCUUCCCUUCGCACAUUGAAUUACUCGAGUACUUGCAUGGGUAUGCCACCCAUUUUGAUGUGCUCAGGUUUGUGAGGUUCAACUCCCGGGUGGUGAACAUUCGUUUCAUUGGUGGCGGAGAUGGGAUCCCCGGUGAGUUCACUCCCCUGUUGAAUGGCCAUCCUGUAUGGGAGGUUGCAGUUGAGACUCUCCCAUCGAAAACCAUUCAGUGGUAUGCAUUCGGGCUAUUGGUGGUCUGCAUCGGGAAGUAUGGGGAUGUCCCGAGAAUGCCAGUCUUCCCAAGAAACAAGGGCCAAGAUGUGUUUAAGGGUAGGGUCUUGCACUCAAUGGAUUACUCACAGCUGGAUAAGGAAGCUGCUGCAGAGCUGCUCAGAGGGAAGAAGGUAACCGUUGUUGGCUACAAGAAAUCUGCCAUUGAUAUCGCGGUUGAAUGUGCUGAGGCAAACCAAGGAGAAGGGGGGCAACCGUGCACGAUGGUCAUAAGGACUCUGCAUUGGACAGUUCCAGCUUAUUGGAUAUGGGGGCUACCCUUUUUCCUGUUUUAUUCCACGAGGUCUUCUCAGUUCCUUCACGAAAGGCCCAAUCAAGCCUUCCUCAAGUCCCUCCUUUGUCCUCUCUUGUCUCCAUUGAGAAGAGCAAUCUCCAGUUUCAUCGAGUCCUACUUGCUGUGGAAGCUACCCCUGGUGAAGUACGGGCUAAAACCCGACCACCCGUUCGAGGAGGACUAUGCGUCCUGUCAGAUGGCUAUCUUGCCGGAUAACUUCUUCUCUGAGGCUGACAAGGGUAAGAUUCAGUUCAAGAGGGCCUCCAAGUGGUGGUUCUGGUCGGGGGGGAUCGAGUUUGAUGACCAGACCAAACUGGAGGCCGAUGUUGUGAUCCUUGGCACUGGAUUUGAUGGGAAGAAGAAGCUUCAGUCUGUACUCCCAGAGCCCUUCAGGAGCCUUGUGGUCGACUCUUCUGGCAUCAUGCCUCUUUACAGGGGAACUAUUCACCCGCUGAUACCGAACAUGGCAUUUGUGGGAUACAUAGAGAGCGUCUCUAACCUGCACACGUCUGAGCUGCGGAGCCAGUGGCUGGCAAAGCUGGUAGACAACCGGUUCAAGCUGCCGCAGAUAAAGGAUAUGCUCGGGCAGAUCAAGAGAGAGGUGGAGGUGAUGAAGAGGACGACGAGGUUCUACAAGAGGCACUGCAUCUCAACUUUCAGUAUCAAUCACAGCGACGAGAUCUGCGAGGAGAUGGGGUUGAAGCCUUGGAGGAAGAAGAACCUCUUCUCCGAGUUAUUCAGCCCCUACACCAGCAUGGACUAUCAAGAUGCAUGAUUGAAAGGACAAUAUUAGUAUGACAUAUAAUCGAGUAUUCGAUGGCGAUCUAGACGUACUUGAUAUAUAUAUAUAUAUAUAUAUACAUAUAUAUAUUAUAUAUAUAGAUACAAUAACAAGAGGCAUGUUAUAUGUAGUUUUAUAUCUUGCACGUGGGUUAGGUGUGUCAGCAUGUAUCCUUUUUAAACACACUCACGCGCACACACAUAUCAAUAUAUAUUUUC